CGAUGAACUUCUACCUUACCGGUGACAUACAAUACAAAUGUACCACCCAGGUCUUAAUAAUCAUAAUAUUGGCUACGUAACAACACAUGACGACUCACAGUUAAAAAUGAACAAAAAGAAAAAGAAGCGAAAGCGACCUCAACUUGUCUCGCAUGAGAAGGCGGUGCCACAGAGCUUGAACGGCCUGAAUGGGAAGCUCUUAUUACUUCCAGCUGUGGAUGGAAACUAUUAGUGAGCGCCAUCUCCCUGAUGAGCUCUAAAGUGUGUGCUCACUCUCACACAUGCAAACAUAGGCACACACAUGCCUGCCUGACGGCCCGCGCCUAUCUCAGAGCCACGCUGGAGGCUUCAACGUCAGAUAAAGACACAAAGAACAAGCGAGAGAGAGAGAGAGACAGCAGUGCUUCCCUCGCUCGCUCCCUCCUCCUCCUCCUCCUUGUCUUCUUCCACUCACUUCCUUCACUGCACCGAGGAGACGCGCACUCUUCUCUACUUUGGGAGAGGAAUCUGACAUCUGCCACCAAAGACAGACCUGAGAGCUCAUGCAGUCGCAGCGACGUCUUGAAGCGGUUGGCUGUCCAAAUGGCUUCUCCAGGGAGCCCGGGGGUCCUUCUGGUCAGCACAUCCUAAAUACACCAGAUCUGACCCAAGAGGUGGUCAUCUCCCCUGGACUGCCUACUCCUCCCCUGAGCCCCUUCCGCUCUGCCAGAGUUGCAUCUGGAGAGUUUAAGGCGUCAGAAGUCAAUGGAAGUGGACUAACGUCUCCAAGUUUUGGAUCAUACUAUGGCCCCUCACAUCCACAUGGGGACCUCACCAAUGGGAUGAAUUCACCCACAAGGGAGGAACGGCUCAUCAAAUUCUCAGGAAUUGGCCCAGUGGAUGAAACAGGGAUGCCCAUUGCCUCCAGAUCAAGUGUAAACAAGCCCAGGGAUUGGUACAAGAGCAUGUUCAGACAAAUUCACAAGAAGCCAGAGGACUGUGAUUUGGAGGAUUCAGAGAGCUGGACCACUAGACGCCUGUCUGCUAACACAGAGGAUGAAGACGCGGACAAGCACCUUUUCAAGCUAACGCCACAUGGAGCCUUGCCAGACUGGAGUCAGGAUGUCAGCGAGCUGUCAGACCCAGGAAAGCAGCAACGUAAACCUAAGAGCAUAUUCGACUUCGAGCCCGGAAAAGAGGUCUCCUCUGUAGGCCUCAAGCAGAACCCGGUGUCCCCACAAACACAGCCCGAGAAGUCCCCAUCUGUUGAGGCCAGUCUGGUCUCAGAGCUGAGUCGGUUUGAGGCCGAGUUGGACUUGGAUAUCCAAGGCCUGGAGACGAGACUUUCCCAGAAGAAGCGGCCGCAGCGUCAAGGCUGGGGUGAGGAGGCCAGGACCAGGGACACCACUACCGCUGCAAAGACAGGAACCACAAAAUACAGCAACUCAUCAGCACCAAGGCAACCCAUCCAUCAAUCUGUUGGCCCUUCACCAGCCUUCACUUGUACAUUUGUAGAUCGACUUUCUGCUGCAAAUGAUACAAUGGAGCGUUCGCCUAAGAAAGAAGAGAAGAAGAUGAAAGCAGCACGGGCCAAAUUUAAUUUCCAGGCUCAGUCACAAAAGGAGCUCACACUGCAUAGAGGCGACAUUGUUUACAUCCACAGACAAGUCGACGCCAACUGGUUUGAAGGAGAACAUCACGGCAGAGCGGGCAUCUUCCCCACCACCUAUGUGGAGGUUCUUCCGCCGUCGGAGAAGCCAACACCUAUAAAGACCCCCAAUGUACAGGUGCUAGACUAUGGCGAAGCAGUGGCGUUGUAUACUUUCAAUGCCGACCUUCCAGUUGAACUUUCUUUUCGGAAAGGGGAAGUAAUAAGUAUAACCAGAUGUGUGGAUGACAAAUGGCUGGAGGGGAGGAUCUCAGGGACCAACCGGAGUGGCAUCUUCCCCGCCAGCUACGUGCAGGUCAACAAGAUGCCCCGCACCAAAUACACCACGGAUGACUACUCAGCAGGCCAAUUGUCUCCUCUGUCCCCUGGACCGCAGAGUCCAGGACGUCCGCUCCACUCGCCUUGUCUGCAGUCACCACUGUCCCCUUCCAGUCCCACACAAACUCACUCCCCCCUGAAGUCAUCUUCACCUCUUCCUUAUGGUGCUGCUUCACAGCCGCGCUCUCCUGCGUUGUGCAAAGAAACAGCCAAUCGAUGGUCUCCCGGUUCCUCCAAACCUUCUUCCCCUGCCAAUCACAACUGUGCGUCCCCUUCUGCUCAGUCACCAGCUUCUGCACGAAGCACAGGAGAGCCAACAGUAGACACUUCCAGAUUUAAUGAUCUCUCACAGGGUGCUCUGUCCAAUCCUCAUCCCAACUCACUCCCACCUGCACACGUGCCAAACGCUGACGGUUCUGCUGUGGUGCAACGACAACCAUACAAAGCAGUGUACAACUACAAACCCCAGAAUGCUGAUGAGUUGGAGCUCAGAGAAGGCGACAUUGUACAAGUAAUGGAGAAAUGUGAUGAUGGCUGGUUUGUAGAUUAUCUUUCAGAGCUUUGAAGACUAUUGAAGAAACAACGUGACCCUCUUUAGUUAAAUCUACCAAUAUGAGGUUCAAGCCUUUCCACAAAGCUAAGUUUUUAUUACGUCCACAGGUUUAUGGCUAUUCAUUGUUAAAUGUCAAGUUAUAGCAUACUUGCCAACCCUCCCGGAUUUUCCGGGAGACUCCCGAAAUUCAGCGCCUCUCCCAAAAACCUCCCGGGACAAAUUUUCUCCCGAAAAUCUCCCGAAAUUCAGGCGGACUCAGGUCCAUGCGAACCUGAGUCCGCUAACCCACAAUAUAAACAGCGUACCUGCCCAAUCACGUCAUAACUGUAGAAUGAUGGAGGGCGAGUUCUUGGUUUCUUAUGUGGGUUUAUUGUUGGGCAGUUUCAUUAACGUCCUCCCAGCGCGGCAACAACACACAACAACAGCAGUCACGUUUUUGUCUACUGUAAAGCAGUUCGUCUGCCGUAAACAGCAAUGUUGUGACACUCUUAAACGGGACAAUACUGCCAUCUAGUGCAUUUGAUGAAAGCACUUUUGUGCGUGCCACACAGCAAUGCAUCAUCAGAGAGGGUGUUCAGCAUGGUUCGAAAAAUAGUGACAGAGAAUAGAACAAGGAUGGACAAUUCAACCCUUAACUCAACAAUGGGUAGAUGAGUGUUAUGUGUGUGUAUAUGUGUAAAUAAAUGAACACUGGA